GAUGACGAUUCAGAAAUUCCAGAUCGAGGACAGCAAAGCAAAAGUCUCAGACCAAGGUUAUCCGGAUGAACUGAGAAUAGUUCUCCUGGGUAAAACUGGAAAUGGAAAAAGUGCCACUGGAAAUACCAUACUUGGGUGUGAGAGGUUUAAUGCGAUGGCUUCCACUACAUCUGUCACAACUGAAUGCAAGAAAGAGACAGCUCUGAUCAAUGGAAGAGCAGUGACAGUGGUUGACACCCCAGGGUUCUUUGAUACAACGUACGACAAUGAUGCAACCAAGCGAGAGGUCAUAAGAUGUAUUGCAAUGGCAGCACCAGGUCCACAUGCCUUCCUUGUCGUCUUGACUAGCACAGGCCGCUUCACAGAAGAGGAGAAGCAAACAAUUCAAAUGAUCCAACAAAUGUUCGGUGAGGCAUCAGAAAGGUACAUGGUAGUGUUGUUCACAAGAGGGGAUGACCUAGGAAAGCAAGGUUUCGACGAGUAUAUUCGAAGAGCCGAUCCCAAUUUAAAGAGUGUCCUAAGGCACUGUGGACAAAGAUACCAUUUGUUCAACAACAGAAAUGAAAAUGACAAAGACCAGGUCCUGAAACUACUAGAUAAAAUAGAUGCCAUGGUGAGAGCCAAUGGGGGGCAACACUACACCACUGAGAUGUUCCAAAAAGCCGAAGAAGCUCUCAGGUUUAACCAAGAGAGAAUUCUUCGGGAAAGAGAAGAACAGAUUGAGAGAGAGAGGAAAGAACUGCAAAUGAAACACGAAGCAGAAAUGAGAAACCUUAAAGAAGAGAUGGAAGGGGAAAAGAGGAGACAAGAGGAGGAAAUAAGAUUCAGAGAGGAGGAAUUUAGUCGCAAGGAAGAGGAACUGAAAAGACAACAGGAGGAAUGGGAGAAAAGGACACAAGCAGAACAGACAAGGAGAGAGGAAGAGGAGAAACAGAGGAAAGUUAAAGAAAUGGAAUACGAGCUGUUCUGGCGUUGA